CCCCCCCCCGGCUCAGGAGAAUGGCCACCGCCCCCCUGCACCCAACCCCUCCAGCCAACAAGGAGGAAUCCCCAGGGGACCCCCCAGGGGAGCAGGCAGGACCCAUAGGAGGGGGAGCCCAUCAGUUAGAGCUUGGAGCUCGAGAGAGAGGUCGAGGGAGCAUCCAAGCCAGGGAUGCAUCUCAGGAGGGAGAAGGAGGAGGAGGAGAGGAAGGAGUGCCCCCCCAGAGUUGGAGGGGCCUUGGACAGGGACAGAGAUGGGCAGGCAGCUGUGAGCGCUGAGAACCAGGAGAUGGGGCAAGGAGUAGGGGAGGUCCGGAGCCAAGGGGCAAGGGCUGGGGAGGGGGCUAAAGCCAAAGACGAGGAGGAGGAGGAGGCUGGGAGGGGGCCAGAAGCCAGAGGGGGAGCACUGGAGGAGGCUGCAGAUGCCACCGAGAAGUCUGGGAGGGGGCCAGAGGCCAGGGAGGCAGCAGACGCCACAGAGGAGGCUGGGAGGAAGCCAGAGGCCCCCGGAGGGGCCCACAGGAGGGGCCAGUCAGGAGUAGCCACUAAUGAGGUCCCCCAUGAAGCAACUUCGGGCCAAGAAAUUAGGAGGCCAGAGGUUAGGGAAGCAGAUGAGAAAGUAAAACGGCCUCGAGUCCAGGACCACGGCCCUGCAGAACCCCAGGGGCCAGGCCAGCAUCCUCCAGCUCAAGAGAAUGAGAGCCCAGAGGCCCCCAAGCCAGUCCAUGGAGCUGGGCCUGGGGCUGAGGCAGAAGCCAUCAGGGGCCCUGGGGAGCUUCCCUUGGGCAGAGCAGAAAGAUCUUCAGGACAGGAGAAGGACAGUGGGAGAGCAGAGGAGAGGGGCCAAGAGGGGACAGGGACCCUGGGGGUCCCUACCACGGGAGCCGAAGGCACCAUGGCCCAGGUGAGCAGGACUGGCGCUCAUCCAGGGAGCAUGGACAGAUGGGUGCAUGGGGCCGGGGCUGGGCUAAAAGGGACUGAGGACAAGGGCGCUGGGAUGCUGAGGGGCAGGGAGGAGCUAGGGGUCGGAGUAGGGGGUGCUCAGAGAAUAGGGCCUGAGGUAGUGGGGAUUAAGGAAGUGGGGGCUGGGAUGAGGGAGGCAGAAUUUUGGAUAUUGGGGAAUAGGGAGAUAGGAGCUGAGAGACUGGGGAUGAAGGAGACAGAAUCUGGGGUGUCAGAGACCCAAGAGACAAAAAUUGAGAUUCAGGCACUUGAGAUAGUGGGGACUAAGGCUAUAGAACCUGGGGUACUGGGGACUGAGGAGACAGAAGCAGAGAUUUUGGCCCCUGGUACAUUGGGAACUGAGGAGAUGGAAGCUGGGGUGUUGAAAAUGACCGAGACAGAGCCUGGGGUAUUGGGGACUGAAGAGACAUCGACACCUGAGAUAGUGGGGAUUGAGGAGACAGAAACUGGGGUGUUGGGGAUGGAGACAGAACCUGGGGUACUGAGGACUGAGGAGACAGAAUCUAGGGUACUGGGGACUAAGGAGACAGAAUUUGGGGUAUUGGGGACAAAGGAGACAGGAUAUGGGGUACUGGGGACUAAGGAGACAGAAUUUGGGGUACUGGGAUCUAAGGAGACAGAAUCUGGGGUGUCAGAGACCAAAGAGACAGAAAUUGAGAUUCGGGCACUUGAGAUAGUGGGGACUAAGGCUAUAGAAACUGGGGUACUGGGGACUGAGGAGAUAUUGACACCUGAGACAGAAGCUGGGGUGUUGGGGACUGAGGAAACAGCUGGAAUAUUGGGGACCAAGGAGGCAGAAGCUCGUGCACUAGAGAAUGAAGCGAUAGGAACUGAGAAAUUGGCAUUUGAGAUACCAGAGACUGAGGGGCUGGAGGCUGAGAUAGUGGAGACCGAGGAGCUGGAGGCUGGGAUUCUGAUGUCUAGAAAGGCGGUAUCAGCUGGGGAAGUGACCGGGUGGGCACUCCUGGGUUUGGGGGAGGAGUCAGAAGCAGAGCCAGAAUCUGAGGGGUCUAUCCAGGAGGCAAGUCCAGUCUCAGCAGGAGGGGGGGCUGGGGAAGAAGCCCCCAUGGCCACAGCCACCGGCGUCCCCUGGGUGGCCCCCGCCUCAGUGCAGGAGGAAGGGGAGGCCCGGGGUUCUUCUGCCUUCUCUACACCAACACCCCCCAGCCAAGAAUGGCCUGAAGAAGACAGGAGGCCUCAGGGCUGGGGGGGAGGCCCGGAGCCUCCCCUGGGCACCAAGGUAGGGACAGGGGCCCCCAUGAGCCCUCCUGGCCUGCUGCUUUUUCACUAACCCCCCCAAGAUCAGGAUGUUUGGGGCAAAAGCUGAGCUAACUGGACAGAAUGAUUCAUGCAUGGACGGGAUGGGGGGAGGAGGUGCAGGCCUCCUCUGGCAUGCUGCCCCUUCUUCCAGGUCUGAGCUUGCCUGAGAAGCAGGGCGGCAAAGGUCUCCCACAGGCUUUGAGGUCUUACCUCUGCCCCUCUUGGUUCUCCCAGUGCGGACCAGCAUGGCAUGGAUGGGGAGCCUGGCGCCUUGACACCGGGGGGCCUUCCGGGUGCGGGCUGCUGGUGGCCUCUGCCACUGACCGGGGCUGGGGUAGAUCCGGCCUCUUGGGUGGGCUUCCCCAAUGCCUUUAUGCCCGGCACAUCUGCGCUGCCAAUGUGGCCUCCAGAUCGAGGGCCCGGGGCUUGGCACUGGUGAAGGAUGAUGUUUUUGGUGUCCCUGCCCUGGGAGAAAACAAUGAUCCCGGGGUCCGUGAGUAGGCCCUGGAC